AUGGACAGCCCUACCAACAAGAGCCUGCUGCCUGUCCAGCUGAUCCACCACGAGGUUGAAGACCCAGACGGCAACGCAGGCUUGCAACAACGGCUCCAAUGGAACGAAAAGGUUGAUCUACCGCAAGUGACCUUCAGAUCAACCGUUGUUGGUUUGCUUAUCGGAACUGUGGUGCUUAUUUCCAACUUCCAGUUUGGCCUUCAAACAGGCUGGGUUUCGAUGAUGUCGCUUCCAUCAGCGUUACUAGGGUUUACUUUGUUCAAGUGUUCGCCGAUGGCAAAGCUGUUUACUGAUGUGGAGAACGUUUACAUCCAGAGUGUGUCUGUUGCAGUGGGCACUGGUCCUUUGGCAUAUGGCUUGGUUGGUAUUGUGCCGGCGAUAGAGAAGUUUUUAACUGAGGACGAAAGCGGGACUGGCUCGAAGAUUGUGCUUUCAUUGUCCCAGUUGAUGGUAUGGUCGCUUGGAUUGGCUCUUUUCGGUGUAUUCUUCGCUAUUCCGCUUAGAAAGCAGGUUAUCAUCAAGGAGAAGCUUCCGUUUCCUUCAGGAAGCGCCACUGCAACACUUAUUUCGGUCUUGCACGGAACAGAAUUGUACAAUGAAAAGAAAGACACGGACGUUCACGAGGAGACGCUCCAGGAACCUCUUACAGAUUCAGACUCAUCUAUUGACUAUCCUCAUGGAGGCGUGAUUCGUCCUUCUGAGUCCAACGGCAUCAAACUUGCUCAGACGAAGGAAGCUUACCGUACCAAUAUCAGGUUUCUCGUGAUCACAUUCAUCGUUUCUGCUUUUUACACGCUCACAGCAUAUUUCGUCCCUGUGCUUAAGAUGCUUCCAAUCUUUGGUCAUAAACUUUCUAGCGUGUACCAGUGGAACUUUCAACCUUCUCCAGCUUACAUUGGCCAAGGCAUCAUCAUGGGUCUUCCGUCUGUGUCAUACAUGUUAUUUGGUGCCAUUCUCGGUUGGGGUGUACUUGCUCCCUUGGCUAAAUACCUAGAGUGGGCACCAGGACCCAUUGACGAUUGGGUCACAGGCGGCCAGGGCUGGAUCCUUUGGUUGAGUUUGAGUGUCAUGAUAGCCGAUUCUUUGGUGUCUUUUGCGGUGGUCACCUACAAAUCUUUGCAUAAUGGAGUUUCGUCUCUUCUCGUUCGUUCAUCUUCAGAAGUCCAACAAAGAUUGCUUGGAAGUUCUUCUACAAACUACAAUACUGUGGAAAGCCAAAGUGAGGCGGUAUCCGUACAAAGCUCGUUUGCUGACCUCCUGCUGGAGCAUCUCAUAAGCAGCAAAGUGACCAUCAUCGGUAUCGCUUUCUCGUCUAUCAUUUGCAUGUGGGCAAUCAAUUCUGUUUUUGGUUCUCUCGUCCCUCACUAUGCGACGUUCAUUGCCAUUGUUUUGGCACUCUUCUUCUCCAUCCUUGGUGUUCGUGCCUUGGGAGAAACAGACCUUAACCCAGUGAGUGGUAUUGGUAAGUUGUCGCAACUUAUCUUUGCCGCUAUCAUUCCACACAAUCAUCCUUCUCGUAUUCUUAUCAACUUGAUUGCUGGAGGAAUUGCCGAGGCUGGAGCUCAGCAAGCUGGUGAUUUGAUGCAAGAUCUCAAAACAGGACACUUACUUGGAGCUUCUCCAAAAGCUCAAUUUGCUGCACAAUUGAUUGGAACAAUCUACUCGGUUUUCGUGAGCAGUAUCAUGUACAAGGUGUACAACUCUGUUUACGAAAUUCCAAGUCAAAUGUUUAGGAUCCCCACUGCAGUUGUAUGGAUCGAUUGUUCCAGGCUUGUCACUGGAGAAGGACUUCCACCUCAUGCCUUUGAAUUCUGCAUUCUUUUUGCUGCAGUUUUUGGCGUGAUAUCAGCAGUCAAGAAUAUGGUCCCUGCUCAUCAUAAGUAUCACAAAUACUUGGUCUACCUACCCAAUGGUGUUGCCGUGGGAAUUGGUAUUUACAACACGCCAAACUUCACUUUGGCUAGAUUCCUUGGUGGACUCAUUGCAUAUGUGUGGAUCAAGUACGCUGGAAAGCGGAAAGACGAAAAGGUUAAGAUGGUUAUUGUGAGCAGUGGCCUUGUUCUUGGGGAGGGUCUUCUCAGCGGUUUUACAAUGCUAUUGACUAGUUUGGGGGUGCCUCAUCUUUGA